CUCGCGCGCGCGGCGAGGAGGCGGUUCUCUCCCGCACUGCCCUCGCUGAGGUGAGGGAGCGUGUUGUAGGCGCGCCCCCCCGCUGAGGUGACGGGGCCGGGGGCGCUGCGUGUGCUGGGUGGCUGAGGCAGAGUCGCCGAGCUGAAGCAAGCUGAGGCCAGCGGAGCUGCAAGCCUGGUGACCUGAGGAGCUGAUUGUGAUCAGGUGGUGCUUAGCCCAAGUGGCUUGUGGCUGCACUGAGUGCUGUGUGAGUCUCUUCAUGGGUUAGAUCAGCUGACAGAAACAAGGAGCCCACGUGGAAACCAGGAGGUGACUUUGCAACAAUGAGAUGCGUCAGCCCCUCACUCUUCAGGAGGUUCUGGGGGCUUUUGCCUCAGCAUGUGUCAGUGGGACCUAGUCAAAGUCCUAACCUCAGUUCCAACCAGUCAUCUUUGAGACAGAGCUGCAGUGUAAGACCUGGGCUGCUGACUGCCCCUGAUGUGGUCAGCUACUGGCAAAAGGUGUUUGAGAAGAACGGGAUCCCUGAAGCACGAGAAUCCAGUGAAUAUAUCGUGUCAUUUGUCUUGGGAGCAAAAACAUUUCAGAGCUUGGACUCCCAAAAACUCUGCUCUCCGCUUACAGCAGUGCAGCAGGAGCAAAUCCAGCAACUGAGCUGCAAGCGACUGGAAAGAAUGCCAGUGCAAUAUGUGCUUGGUGAGUGGGACUUUCAGGACCUGAAUCUGAAGAUGAGACCUCCAGUAUUUAUUCCUCGUCCUGAAACAGAGGAUCUCAUCUCUCUGGUUGUGGAGGAAGAAUCUCGGAAAUGUGAGGCGAAGAAUUCAGCCUUCUUGGUUGCUGUCCCAUCUCCUGUGAUCCUGGAGAUUGGCUGUGGCUCUGGAGCAAUUGCUCUGAGUCUCCUGUGCAAGAUACCACAGAGCCGAGUGAUAGCUGUGGAUAAAGAAGAGGCUGCUGUGGAUCUCACCAGGGAGAAUGUACAUAGGCUGCAACUCCAAGACAGGAUCCACAUCCUCCACCAUGAUGUUUCAUAUGGUUCUGCCAAACAUCUGCUACCUUGGGGCCCAAUGGACUUCAUAGUCAGUAACCCUCCAUAUGUCUUCCAUGAAGACAUGGCUUCCCUGGAUGCAGAGAUCCUCUGCUAUGAGGACCUUGAUGCACUGGAUGGGGGAGAUGACGGGAUGAGAGUCAUUAAAAUAAUUCUGACUCUGGCUCCUUCUCUUCUGAAGGAUUCUGGGAGUGUGUUUCUGGAAGUUGAUCCCAGGCACCCUGAUUUGGUGGAGGAUUGGCUAUGUGCACAUCCCGACUUGCUCCUCGCCCUUCGUGCUGUUCACAAGGAUUUCUGUGGCAAACCCAGGUUUCUGCACAUCCAAAAGCAAAGCAGAUGACAACUGUACCAGGAACAACAUCCUUUCUUGCAGUAAGCUUUUUCGCUGAACAGGAAGUCCAUUGUUUGCUAUGUAAUGAAAGCUUGGCAGUGCCAUUAUGACACCCAGGAACGUCUUCAUCUAAGAAAGCAGGUAACAUUUUGUUCUGUAGUAUGAUGCAAUUCAUCUAAUCAUCUAAAAGAAGAUGAAAUAUUCCACAGCUACUGUCAUGUUAGGGCAAGGCAGUAAUGAUAUAUGUGGUAUAAAAACCUCCAGGAUAAAAUAUGUGCAAUUUGGAUGUUCUGAAAUAGAGCUUCUGAGCUGCCAGAAGCAAAGCUGUUCCAAGUAGCUUUGGCAGGAACGUUUAUAUCAAAAUCAAUGCUCUUUAUAAAAUCAAACAAAUGUCUUCCUAAAAGAAGCUUUUCCCAUCAGAAUACUUUGGUGGUGUUUUGUUUUUUGUUUUUUUUUACUAGUUGCCUCUGUCCCUGUCCCUGUGAAGGUAGUGAGUGUUUGUUAUGCUUCUUUGCACCAUGAUUACAGAGUACUUAGCUUUCUCAUCAGGGCUCAAACCCAAAUCUCCAUAGUGAAAGUCCUAAAAAUUCCUUCUUUGCACAAGCUGCUCUUCUCUGGCUCCCACACAGGAGCGUGCUGUUCAAGCAGCUGCCAUCUUUCCUGCCUCUCACACAGGGAAAGGACAGUGUGAGCUUGCUGCUGGGCCUCUGCCAUCCCCCUGCUCUCCCUGCGCAGGGGAAAUAGCAAACAUAGUCAUGCCUCUUUCUCUUUUCUGAGGUGCUGCCCAAACAAGCAGUACAGAUGUGUUCCACUAAAACAGGGAGGCUGGAGCAGGGGUGACAGCAUAUGUUAACUGGGGAGCUUCAGAACUGUCAGCUCUCUAGUUUCCUUCCCUGUUACACUUUGCAUCGGAAGUGAUGCCUAGCAGGUGAGCUUCUGAUGCUCAAGUGGAGGAGUGUUUCUCUGGUUGCCUUAAUGCAGUCAUCACUGCAGACAAUGAUGGGGGGCUACAGGUUGGGAAACUGAAUUGUAGUGUGGCUCACAGCACAGGUGAAAACCUGUGAAAUCAAUCUCAAAUGAAAUCUGUGAGGUUGUUAUGCCGUAUAGUUGAAACAAACUGAUACUGUAGAGACAGAUUACUCGUUUGUCUUAAGCAAACAUUUGCUUUGGGAGUAGCAUCCGCAGUAGAUGAGCAGUUCUGUGAGGGCUGUGGCAUGGCAGAGGAUUGCAGUGACAAUGCAGAUUUUUCAUGGCAGUCCAUGUACAAUCCGGACAUCAAUAGUUACAAGAUAUAAAGUAUUCCAGCAGAGAAGCAAGAGACAGUUAGCAAUGUGCUGCCCAAACCAGUCUGCCUAUAGCAAGAUCAGGCUGCCAUGUUCAUCCACACUGCACCAAUUUAAAGACUUUUUUUUUCAUUUUUAUUAUUGGUAACAGUGGGGAAAAAAAAAAAAAGAAAAAAAGAAAAAAAAAAGCCAUACUUAACAGGGAAUUCUAGGCUCUCCAGAAGUCAGAAAUAAAAAAGCUGACGGCUUUGUUGCAGAUGGAGAGAUGAGAAGAUGAGUGGCAGUUCCUGAGUUAGUUUAGAACAGGCAGAUUUUCUGAGCUGGUUUAUGCUAUGCAGCCUUAAGGCUGUUAUUACUGCAAGGAUCUGGGAGCAGCACAUGAGGGCAGGCUAUGAGGGCAUUUCCUGGAACUGUGCCACUGAAAUAGUACUGGGCAAGUUCCCAUGAGCGUGCUUGUCUGAUUUUUAUGUCCACAAGACAACAAGAUGUCCCCAUUUGCAUCAGUUCGCAGAACUAGAUUAAGGUUGGGAGAACAGAGGAAUUCUUUGUUCCUUAAGCUAAGAUCUGGAUUUAGCUACAUUCAAAUUGAUACUUUAUGCAGGUAUGAGAAUGCCUUUGCUUGUUAUUAACCUGUGCUGUGUGUGUCAUUUUUGCUCUCUGGGUUUGUGCUCGAAGCAAGCCUUGGAAAGACCAGGCCAAAGGCUGCAAUCAGAGACAUCCCAGCUCAGGUUACAGCACCAGAAACUGCAGGGAAACCCCGAUGUAAUGAAGUCAGCAGGAUUUUUUCCCCUUGAGUAGGGAGCUGGCGAUUCGUUUGUAGGGACACAUGGGGACAAGUGGUUCACAUUAAGAAAAGAACGUCCCUGUUGCUUGAGGCAACUAGGAAGCUUCAGUGGAUAAAUGUGGCCAUUUGGGAUGGGGUUCAUCUGCGUCUUGGAGCUCUGGAGUCUGGUUAAAGGCUGCGUAGUUCUGAGUCAGACAGAGGUCUUGGAUUUGGGGCCCUGAUGGGGCACUGAUCCUGGCUGACCUGCAGAAGGUGCAGGCAAUUGGUGGUGAGCAGAAAAGCCUACCAACAGGGGAACGAGGCCGAGGAGAAAUGGAACUGGGGGAAUCUUCUGCGAGAAUCCGCUGGCUUCGAAGUCAGGGAGCAGAGCAGUACAACUAGUUCAUGGUGUGGGAGCUCUGCAGGAGCACAGAGAGACACUGGGAUCAAGCGCAAGCAGCAGCUGGGAGCCUUGCCCACACAGGAGCCAUCUGGCUUAGGUGCUAGCAGGGUGAGAACAGGGAAAGAGCUGGGUGCUAUGGAGGCAGCCAGGCAGCAGAGGAACUUUGAUACUGGAAGGAACAUGAUUGGAUAAGUACAGGGGCCGAUGUGUUUGCAGGGAUGGUUUCAAACAGGGUCCUGGUACAAACAGGGAGGUGUGAAACCAAGAUUCAAGAGUGCUGGGAACACUGUGUGUGGUUCUGUCAGUAAAGUAUGCUUACAUAGGGGCAGGUGCAGAGCAGGGCUCAGAGGAUGAGUGAGGGCCAGAAAGCUCAGCAGAUGAGUGAAAACUAAAAGAGAUCAGUUUGUUUUGCUUAGCAAAACAAAGACUGGAAGAGGAAUGUGAUGUCUCUCUGUAAACACUUCAUUGCAAAGUAAAUACUAGAGGGGAAGGAGAGGUCUUAUAAUAAAGAUCAAUACUGGCACAAGGACAAAUUGGUACAAAGUUGCUAUUAAUACACUUAGCCUGAAAAUUAGAUUUUGAGCUGCUAGAGGAGUGAGAUUUCGGAACAGUGUCUCAAAGGGAGAAAUGGAAACCAAAGGGAUCUGAGACGCCUGCAGGAGCAAAGAAGGCAGAGAGUAAAUUAAAUCUCUGACGCAGUCUCAUUCUGUUUCAUGCGCGCCAGUGCUAUAGACGGCCCAAUCCUCAGGUCUGGGCAAGAGAGCAAGUUGCAGCAGUCAGCAGCCGUAAUGGAGAACCAACAGCCAAGUUACAAGUCAGCUGCAGGACAAGGGGAGUUUCAAGGUAGCUGAGCUAUGCAGAUUGACAGCUUUGGCUGUAUCCCAGUGUUUGAGGACAGAGACUUCACCAACCUGGCUGAAGGUAAAGCAUUCUGACAGCGUCUUGCAGAAGCAAAACCUGCAGAGUAGGAUGCAAUUGUAAACUUUCCAUCUCCACUUCCCACUGCUGCCAUUUUCUGUUCCCUUCUGGCACAGAUCUGUGCUGUGGCUUGUAAGGUAGCUUUGUCUGUGUCCAUCAUUCCUUAUAUGCUAUAUUUCUGUCUAUUUCUUUUCAUUAAAGAUUAAAAUUUGUUCUACGAUGUAUUUUGGGAAUGCCUACAAUUUUGGUGGAAACUUACCCUGACAGCCUUUAGGCAUGAAAUUUCAGAAGGAAGUUCAGUAGAACUGCCUUUGUCAGAGAUGAUAUUAGGACCCUUUUGCAAACCAUCUUGGUUAGGUUUGCUUGGAAGUGUGGGAAAAUGUUUUGAUUGAGAGAAAAUGAAGUCAUUUCUUGGGAGUGUUCUCACAGCUGCUCUGUUGCCUUGGGUCGGAGCUGAGGAAUGCUCGCCAUAUUGCAAGCUGAAGUUUUCAAGCUAGAAAAUAGGAGGAAAAUGCAAGCAGAUAAGCAAAAAUCAGCUAACUAAAACAAAACAUUCAACCCUUAGUGAUGACAUACAGAAAGGUAUUCCUAGAAAUGACAACAGUUUGGAACUGAGAUAAAGAAUGCAAGAAGAAGACGAAAAUUAGAUGUUAAUGGACAGAAUCCUGAAUGAAGGAAGUAGCAGAGCAUGCAGAGCAAGCAUCUUUUUCAGCUCAUAAUGAGACGUCAACAUUCAGGCAGAGAAACAACUUACUUCCCCUUCCUUCUGGCUGCAAAUCUGGAGAGCAUCAGGGAGUGAUGGGUGAAAGCUGGAGGAACACUGUUGCCUGUUCUGAAAAAAGAAAAAUCUGUUUCUCAUCUGAAAUUUGCCAUAGUAUCCAUGGUGCAGCUCUGCUGAGUUUGCUUUUGCAUAGCAUUUUUCUGUUACUAAUAGACUUUAGUUAUUUGCUCCCUGGCGUGAUGCUGGUGUGGCAAUAAAGCUAAGCAGAUCGUUGGAAGGCUGCCAUUGAUGGAUGCAGUCGAUGCAUUGGAAGGAUAUGAUGAGUAUAAAAAUUCCAUUUUCCAGAACAGGCUCAUAUCUGAUGAUGUGAAAUGUCAUAGGUCUUUCAGAAGUGGCCAGUCUCCCUUGCCUGCUGCUCAUUAAAGAAUGUGGGUCUUCGAUUUUCAUGAUCCAACAGGGAACCAAUUUUCAUGAACCAACAGGGAAUUUUGGUAGGGAGAAGGGAAACCUUGAAGGACUAACACAAAUGUGGUCUGCAGGUAACAGUUUUCCAUUCCCUCCUUUUCCUGCAAUACCUCAACAAAGAAGUUAGAGACUCCUUAUCUCAUAAAGACAUUUUUUUUUUGUACUGAGUUGUCCAGAACUGUUCAGUCACAAGUAUGCCUUCGUUCCAGGCUGCCUGAGAAUGUUUGCCUGAGCAUUAUGAGGUAUAGGAAGUGGCCUACUAUAUGCUGGGUACCCCCACAAUCUUCUCUUUUGGUGAAUGGAGGAGAUAAAAAUGGCAAGUGCUGCUCACUAAGAAAAUAAAAGACUCAAGGACAAUAAUAUGACUCUUUCUUCUAAGAACUUCCACAAAUUCUCUUGUGCGUUCGGUUUCAGUCUAACAUGGGAGAUAGUUGGGACUCUCCCCUCUACGUACAAAUUUCUACUUCUUUCCUUUUGUUUUCCUUCCUUCCUCUGCCAUUCUUCCUUUUCUUUCCCUCACAGUUUAAGUGAAACCAAAUACAUUUCAGUCUUCCUCUUUACCUGUGGCUGUGGUGAGGGUUAUUGCUAAGAGCUGGUUCUUAAGCCUUUUCACCUCUUGCUGCAUUGAUUUCAGUCUGGCCAUAGGUAAUGAGGGGUGAAGUAUGUGAAUCCUGCAGCAUGCACAUGAGCUUAGAUAGAAGAAGCUGGUUGAAUUUGGAAUUUGUUGCAGGAGAUUCAUUGAAAAGCCUAGCUAGAAUUUCCCUGUCAUGCGAACGCUCCUAUUUAUGAUUGUCAAGAUUUUUCCAUCAGAAAAAUGAAAUCCCUGCAUAAUGGCUCUUUAUGUGAGAGGAUACAUUCACUCCUUCUGGCCCAUUUAGGGCAUCAGGACAAGUCUAAUAAAAAAGGCACCCACCUCCCGUCCUACCCUUCUAGCACCCAUUCCUGUCUCCACAAUUAGCUUGGCAGCCGGGCUUGUUCUUCGUGCCGGUGCAGCGUGUUCACUUGCACUGACAUGGUUUCCUACUGCCGCGAAGGAAAAGGUUAAGAACUAAAAGAAGCUCUGCCAUCAUCCACAAGGCAUGAGGAGCCCGGUGCUGCUCCUGCCCUGCAGAAUUCCAGCACCUGAUGGACUGAACCCUGCGGCCUUCCGUGAAAGGUAAUCCAGCUCCAGGGAAUUAUAAAUACCCUUUGGUGAGGCAGAUGGGGAGCGUGGUAGGACAGAACGCGGUAUGUCCCUGUGAAUUGGUUCAGAAACAAGUGCUGUGAGCCUGUUCUUAAACUAAAUUAAAGUUGGUGUAAAAUGCAAUGCACCAAUAAGCAAACCUUGGCAAUUUGGAUGUGGAAGGCGUCCCGUGCUCAGAAAUGUUCAACCACUGCUUGUGGUUUCAUUGUGUGGAUGCAACAGAUGAAAAGAUGGGGCAGAUCAUGUUAGAGGAUAAUAAUCAAUCAAUAAAAAAAUAAAUCAAUAAAAAAAUUCAUCAAUAAAAUGAUGAAGAAGGUCUGCAGGAAAUGGGGAUUACCCUGUCUUUCCCCUUUCUUGGCUAGGUUCAGUCUUCUGUGCUCUUUGUAGAAGACCAUUUGGAGACAGUGUGAUGCCUCACCUACUGAGGUGGAUUUAAAUCUUAAUGUCCACGUCUCUAGCUAGGAUUAUGGAAUGUGCUAUUUCUUUUUGACAUUUGAAUGCAAGGGUGUCUGCAUUCUGCUGUCCAAAGUUUUGAUUUAAACACAGCUGAAUAUUCCAGAAAGAGGAAGAAGGAAUACUGGUGUGGUGCAACAGUCCACAUUCAAGGCAGUAGUGCCAAGCUUUGAUGAGGGAAUCCACCUGAAGGAGGCUAACAUUGUGCAAUGCCCUGAGAGGACCCACGCAAACCAGAAACUACACUGACCUUCCUGCUGAUUGUACUCUUUAGACCUUUUCUUCUGUGCUGCCACUAGCCAGAAGGAGCAAUGCUAAACCACCCCUGCAAAUGGUGAGACAUUGGCUUCUCAUUUCACAGGGUUAGAAAGAGGGACAAUAUAAAAGUGAAGUUUAGCUGCAAAUAUGCCAUAUCACAAUGAUAUUUGUGAGAGCCUAACUGUUAGCACAAAGGUGUAGUGCUCAUUUUAAGAACUCUUCCACAGUUCUUACAGUUUUGCUGUGCUUAAACUGUUCAGAUGAACACCUGUAGGAAGCGUCUGAAACAAAGCACGCAGGGUGAUCUGUUUCACAGCCUUGGUCCACAACACACCUGUAAUUUUCCACCUGAAACCCUCCUGCUGCUGGGAGGAGUUGGUGGGAGCGUCACUCAUGGCAAGUGACUCAUGGCCUGACUGCCCCACUGGGAUAAAAUCUCUGCAGAGAGGGUUUGAAGGAUUACCUGCUUUGAUCACAUGGGCUCACGUGGAGGCUUGUCUCCAUCCUCCUUUUGCUGACAGGCAUCUAAUUUUGAGGCAGCUGCUCACGUUCUGCUCAUGGCCUUUGCAGUGAUGUUAGCAGAAGGAUCCCUGCGAGAUGUAUUUACACUGUAACACACUGCAGCUAGGUUUAGGUUUAGUAUCAAGUAGUUUGGGUUCUAUGUUUUAUUCUCUGAAGCGACACCAAAAACAUGACUGUUGAAUUAUUUGGAAGUAUUCUGUUUCUGAAGUCUGUCUGUUGGGUUCUGCUCCUGACUGGAGCACCCACAGCAGUUUGGGCACAGGCCCAGCUUGCACUAGUGCAAAACUGUCUGGCAGAGAACAGGUGUCUUGACGUGGAUAUGAAUUAUUUUUUCACUGAUUUUUUCACUCCUUUCCUCACUGGCAGGGUAGCAGAAAGGCACAGUGCCACAAGGAAGAAGCAAACGGAUCAGUUCUAAUUAGCAUGACAGCACUGACGAGGAUGAAACUUUGUGCUGGCAAAAUGGGGCUGUAUUAACUUUGCACUGAUUUAUUCCAAAUUUGAGCACUGUUUGUCCUCAUGCAAGCAAGGAGGAAGUGGAGAAUUAUACUUAAUAUUCAUUUUCAGUGUUGCAGUUAAUUGCAAAGUUCUCUGAAAUAUGAAUAUAUUUCCUUUCCUAGUGUUUCCCCUUCCAUUAAACUAUACCAUUGAUUUCUCAUUGAUUUUGACUAAAAAAGGCCGUUCUUCGCAGCAACAUUGUCUUCCCUUUUUAGUUGAAUUGAUUGCGCAUUAAUGCUAAUUUGUAAUUUUACCAAUGCAUUCCAUGUUGCAUUUAGCUGUUGAUGCGUCUUAAAUCAUUCAGCACUCUGUUUAUCUGUAUAUAAUAUCUGUUCCUCAGCCUGAUUCAGACUUGCAGAAGGCAUUUAUGUUUAUUAGAUAGCUGAGAUAAACAUUUUUGUUCUUUCUCGUCUAGUAGGAGACAGAGAGUGUGAGAGAGAGUGUAUGAAAAAAUAAUAUGCUCAGUACAGCUCAACUCUUUAAAAGGGUAGAUAACAGCAGGACAAAGGGAAAUGGUUUGAAGUUGAGGGAGGGAAGAUUUGGGUUGGAUAUCAGGGGAAGUUCUUUGUUGUGAGAGCACUGAGGUGCUGGAACAGCUGCCCAGAGAGGCUGUGGAUGCCCUGUCCAUCCCUGGAGGUGUUCAAGGCCAGGUUGGAUGGGGCCCUGGGCAGUUUGGUCUAGUAUUAAGUGGGGAGGUUGGUGGCCCUGCAUGUGGCAGGGUUGGUGGGAUUCAUGAUCCUUGAGGUCCCUUCCAACCCAAAUCAUUCUGUGAUUCUAUGGUACAGAUUUUUAAAUAACAAAAAAUUGUACGAGGUUAACAGUGAUCCAGUUUCCAGCAGGGGAGGAAAACGGCCACUGUGAAAGCUUUGGUAAAGGAGAAAUCCCUUCAGAAAAAGUAAACAGUUGCAAGGAUUGUAUGGUGAAGAAGUUACUCAUUUCCAUUCUGUGUCAGUGGAAUGGCAAUAUACGCAUGCAGCUUCUUUUCAUUAAAUGAUAUUGUUGGCUUUUUAGGCAAAUGUGUUUUGUUUAGAAGUGUGGUCCCAGGUUUCAAAUAUUACCUCAGACAUCUGUGAUUAAAUGAGGAAUUCUAAGGUCCUUAUUUCCUUAGUUGAAGUUAAAUAUUGUGGCCCCAUAAACUUGAGCAGUCUUUGUUAUGCAGUGUGAGCAGUGCUCUGAUUUACCGUCACUCAUGAAAGCAUCCCAGUUCUCAUUUGGUCUCAUUUGGUGUUGUUUUGUAGCUUGAAAGAUGCACUGAAACAUAAAACCAGGAGGCUUUACAUUGUGUUUGUUUUCCAAGAAAGAGCCUCCCUGUGCUGCAGGAUGCAGUGUGUUCUGUGGCCUUGGGAUGCACAGAGCUAAAACUCCUCUACAAGGAGCAAGCAAUUGACUGCAGCCAGAGCCCCUCCUGCCCUCAUGUCUGUGUGAGUAGCCCCUGCUCUGUGCCACCAGAGACUCCUGCAGGCAGGCAGCCUGUGGCUGGCUUGACUUGCCAACCUGAGCUCUGUUUGAGCAGUAGGGUCAUAUCUGUAGGGUGAGGAUUAAUCAGGGAAGCAAAGGAAGGCAAAGCACCUGAGCAGAGCGAGGCUUGUAGAACUUGUGAAGAUGAGGAAAUCUCUACUAUUUUUUUGAGGUUGAUAGCCUCCAUGAGAGCAGACAGCAAGACUCUGUUGGCUCAGGAAGCCAUGGUGUGCACAGAACGUUUGUGGUACCCAGGAGGGCAUGGUGUGCAGCAGCGCUGUGGAGAAGAAAGCACUCACUGAGCCUGGCAGCAAGCACACAGCUUGUCUUGGUGUGCCAGUGACUGCAGCUCAGAGAAGGAGGGGGUUGUUCUUCACUUUGUUCAAGCAGUUUGACCUCUUAGGGCCACAAUGAAGGGGAAAGUGCAAGCCAGAGGCUGGUUCCAAAAGUGACAUGCUUUCUUUUCCAUGCUUCAAUAGUGGUUCUCACCUUUGGGAUAGCAGCAUGUCCUGGUUCCCUCUGAGCUCCUGCAAGGAUAGGAGCUGCUGCCUCACUCAGGAGCAGGUGCUUUACUGUUUCCUCCUUGAGGAAGAAGCAAGGUGUCCUAGCAUUCAGAAUGCACAGUGUCCAUUGCCUGUGCCAUACAGCAAGCUGCAAGGCAGUCAUCCAUACCUGCCAUUCAGGAGCUCCACGAAAAUGCAGAAGCCAGCAGCAAACAAGGAGAAAAGAGUAGAAAGAAUGUAAAAAUAAACUUUCGAUUAACUGAACAAGUGAAUCAAACCCUUUGCCUCUGAUCUUUGACAGAAAGGUAGAAUAAAUUGGGUGGAGACGUGGAAUAUAAACCUAGACAUCUGGAAGGCACUGGAUCCUCCAGUAGAGCAAUCUGGGUGCUGACAUAGGUGCAAGUCAGGCUUAACGUGCCUUACUUUCACCAUUUAGCCCUGAGAAAGUUCCUGUUCUCAAAAGUUCCGUUGGGUGUCACUUUCCAGCUGAGUCAAUGUAAGUAACAGUGGCUGCACAGGGAUUGCUCUUCUGCUCAUCAGUCUUGUGCAGAAUUAGUUAAAAAUUUAAAAAAAAAGUGAAGCAUUUUUCCUGAAAGAAGACAUUCCCAAAGAAUGGAUGACCUAUUUUUUGCUUUCUUUAAAACAAUUUCAGUGGUGUGAAGGGAGCUGUAGUGGUGGGCAGGCCAAGGCAGUCUCAUCCUGGGCCUGUGGACUUCACUCGAGGUAAGUCACUCCCAUGCUUGGCUGUCAUUGUGCAGUCUGAGCUGUGUGAUAACAGUGUGAAACAUGCAGUGUUGAGAUGGGAAUGGCUCUUCAGCCGUGCCCUUCAGUGCCUUUUCUGAUGGGCUCAGCAGUACCGUGGGGCACUUACUGGCUGCAGGCUUGGGGCGAGCUGUGGCUGGGGGAGAUCGAUCAGUGUUUCCAGUGUGAUGCAGUGCAUACACAGCUCCUGUGCCAGUCCUGGCCCUGCACGGGGGCUGGCUGGAAGGAGACUCUAUGGAGUGCCCUAAAAAUAUCCAAGUGUCACUCAGGGUAGGAAGGUGGGGAUGCCCAGGGCUCUCUUGUCCUUUACUCUGUGUGCUGGAGGACUUGGCAUUGGCUGCUGUCUCUUGCUUUGUUCUGUGUCUGUGUUUGUCGUAGCGGGUUUAGUGAACGUGCUUCCCUUCAAGUUUUUUCUUGUUGGCAUGACAGUGAAGUAAAGAGAUGUGGAUGAAGUGCAGCUGUUCUUUUCAAAGCAUAUGUCUGUGCACAGGAGAACUUGAGGUUCCGGCAAAGCGUCACAAGAUCUAUGAAAUACUGUUGCUGUAGAGUAACUUCCGUUGAACAGCAGUUGAUUGUGUUCAGCUGGCUGAGGAGAGAGCAGUUAGCAUCAAGGAGCAAAAAAAAAACCAACAAAACAAUCCUAAAACAACAAUCCAAGUGAAAGCUAAUUGUAUCCCCAAAAACUUUGAGCAUAUCUCUGUGUUUGGCUGUUAUUCUUUAUUUAUUUAUUAUUAUUAUUUUUGCUGGGGAAACAAUCUACAUUUAGUAAAUCUUCUAGUGAACACGUUUCCCCUUGAUUCUCAAAAAGCUCUCGGGUUUUAACAAAUCGUGUGUGCAUGUGUGUAGGUUAAAAAAAAAUAAAAAUGAUAGCAUGUUCACUUGAGAAUGUUGUUUAUACAUUUAAGCUGUAAUAGUCAGGCAGUCUUGAGUAGCUUGUAGCUUAUAAAAGUGGCAUAAAUAUCUCAUGAUAGGAAGUUAAGAAGCUUGAGCUCUUGAAACUGCAGAACUCCAUGUGACCUGGAUGGAUUUGUGUGUGACAAGCUGAAGAAAUGGGCCUUCUGGCUCCAGGUGACUUCUCAGGAUUGGCUAGUGAGCGUUCCUCCUCCUCUCGGAAUUUAGACAUUUCAGGUUAAAACUUAUUUAACAUUAACUAAUUUUAAGAAGAAAGGACCAUUGCUAUCCUUGCUGAAUGCCAAAAGUACAGCCAGAGCAGAAAUAAUCACAUCUCAUCAAGGCUACGUGCUGCAGCUCAGUAAGCUCCCAUCAAACCCACCUUUUCUAUAGAUGGCUUUUUCUUCCCUGACUUCUCCUUUCUGAAGGCUUGGUUAGGUAGGAGACUAUGCAGCUGAACUCAUCAGACCUGGUUUCUCAGAAGAGAACAAGACAUGCUUCAGAAAGAAGGGCAAAAGCUCUUUCCAUUGCCAGCAGUGUGUUCAUCCCACCUCCUCCAUGACUGCUUGCAGACUGCAAAGCUGAAGUUCCCUCUGCACCCUCUGAAGGGAGCCUAACGUGGCGUUGAAGCCAGUUGCCUUUCCCCUGGAUGAAGGGUCAGGGAUCCGGCACAAGUUCUCCCCACUGACUGGUUUUUGCUCUGGCAAGAGCACAGAAUUCCCUGUUGCUGUCAGUAGCGUUUCAUUCCCGGAGACCUUUGUGAUCUGCAAGUACCUCGUGGCAGGUGAGGGGAAAGGGAACAUGCCUUGUGAUGUUGUGGUGAGCCAAAGCAGUGGUGAAAACAGCCCUUCAGGUCUUUCACGCUGAUAGCACUGGGUAAUAUCCUGGGUCAGCCAGCUAACCUGACCUCCACGGUGGUUGCCUGAUAAGUCCAGGCUGCCUUCAGAGCCUCAGAGCUGGGGGUGCUGGCUGUUUUAAGGCUUUGGCACAGAGUUGCUUGUUUUAUCCUAGAUAAGAGAGGUUGAGACACAGACAAAGGCAUUCAUUGUGGCGUUUUUGUUGCAUAGUGAUUUCUGAUGGCCAGAAACAGCCCUGAGUAGGGUACUGUUGUUUCACAUAUGGCUAGAAAAGCAUAUAGCUUUCUCCAAGGACACUGGUGUUGCCAAGUUACCCAACUCCAAGUCACCCUGUUGCAGAGCACUGCGUAUGGGACCAUACACGGAAAUCACUGCUAUAUUGAAGGCAGUACAAAAUAAGAGGUGCUUGUUUAGCAGUGCGUCAUGGAGACAUGUAGCAACAUUUUCUGAGAACUCACAUUGGCUCAAGUAGUAUCAAAGGGGAAUUCAGCCUGUGGUUGUAACCUGUGCCAGGGGUUCCCAGGUUUAUGUUGUGCUGGCAGCAGCAAUAGCAACCGUGGGCAUAAGCAGCAGUCAUUGUUAUCAUUGCUGGAGCCAAGGGUGGAUCAUGAGACAGUGGUCACUACAGAUGUGCUGUUUCAUGCCUAUAGGAAGGCAUGCCUCUAAUUUCUCCUGUGUAGCCUUUGGUCGUGUGCUUUCAUAAUCACCAACCUACCAUCGUCCUCCCCAGCAGGACCCCUGCUCCCUGUCCCAAGUCGAGACCCGCACUUCACCCUUCAUUUACUGAACCCCAUCUCCAUCUCCUGUGCUCAUGGAGAUGUUGGCACCAGGGCUGUGGCAGUUCUUCCCUCAGUGAUUUCAGUACCACAGCUUAGCUGCUCAUAAACACAUUAAGAUCUCUGCUCUCCGGGAUAGCCCUUGUUUCACUGCAGUGGCUGCAUCCAGCAAAGAGAUGUUCCCUGAAAAUAACAAUAACAUUAAAAAAGCUGAGGGUUUUACACAGACCUUUGAGGUAAGAUUAACUCAGGAGGCCAGUCCAUUGCUGAGAGGCACUAACCACUGAGUGCCAGAAAUGUAUUCUUUGUGAACUGCACUGUGUUAGUAAAGAAUUAAUUGAUGAAGUAUCAAAACAGUCCAGGGUAAAAUAUCAUAUGUGUAUGGGAAAGAUGGUGAUGAAUGGGAAACUUCAAAAUAAAUCAAGCUGUGUUGCCUUUU